AUGAACCAGUACCCGUCGGGGGGCUCGUACGGCUACCAGAGCGCGGACGGCGCAACUGGCGCGGCGUCGCUCCCCGCGUCGACGACGGAUAAGAUCCAGCUGCCGUGCGCGCACUGCCAUGCCGUGCUCAGCGUGCCCGUCGGCCUAUCGCGCUUCCAGUGCCCGCGCUGCUCCUCGCACCUCUCCGUCGACCAUGCGAAGCUCGCCGCGUACAUGCGAUCGCUUAACGAAAUGGCGGCGUCGCUCGGCGGUAACACCGGCGGGAGUAAUGCGGGAGCUCAGUCAGCGGCAUCUGCCGCCGCUGCCGCUCGCGGCACCGGGAAUGCCGGUGCGGGUGCUUCCGCUGGCGCUUCCGCUUAUCCCGGAGCAGCGCAACGAAGCACAGCGCAGUACUAUCAGCAACAGCAUCAGCAGCAACAUCAGCAGCAGCAGGCUUCCCAGAUGAUGCUGUCGUCUCACGCCCCUCACGGCUCCGCACCAGGCGCGGCAACGGCUGCCGGUGCAGCAGCUGCGGCUGCGGCUGCGGCUGCGGCUGCGGCUGCGGCUGCGGCGGAAAGCGAGCAGGCGAAGAGGCGGAGAGUGGAUGGGCUAGGUAUGCGCUACUACGCCGCGUCCACACCUAGCAUGGGCGGGGAUGGGGGAAUGGGCGCGUAUGGGCCCGCGGGGAUGGGGGGGUUGCCCGGGGCGGUGGGAAGCCUGGCGGGGCUGGGCGGGGGAAUGGCGGGGGAGGGGUUGCGCGCGGCGCAAGCGGAGGUGGAUGCGACUUUGCGGCGCAUGAUGACGGGUGGAAGGGCGGGCGGGGCGACGGCGGGGGAGGAGGCGAGGCAGGUGGAGGCAGACGCGAAAGAGGCGUUGAUUCAAGACGAGGAGGACGAAGAAGGCGUGGCGGGAGAGACCUUCGCGGCUUACCGCCCUGCGAAGCUAUCUGUGGGCCGCCCACACCCAGACCCCGUGGUGGAGACUGCCUCGCUGGCAGGCGUGCAGCCGCCCGAUAUCGAUCCGUCCAAGCUGGCGCUGCUGACGGGGCAGGAUGACGUGGCGGCUAAUGCGCUGUCGUCCCUGCAGUUGGAAACGAUCUGUUAUGCCAGCCAGCGGCACAGGCAGCUGCUGCCAGGGAACGUGCGCGCGGGGUUCUUUCUGGGGGACGGUGCGGGCGUGGGCAAGGGGCGCACCGUGGCAGGCAUCAUACGAGAGAACUGGCACCAAGGCCGACGCCGCGCACUGUGGAUAUCCAUAGGCCCUGAUCUACGAUUCGACGCCAGGAGGGAUCUCGAUGACAUCGGUGCAACUGACAUUCCAGUGCACGCGCUCAACAAGCUGCCCUACGGCAAGCUCGACUCCAAGGCCAACAAGAUCAAGGAGGGCGUGUUGUUCCUGACGUACAGCACGCUCAUCGCGUCGGCUGAGAACCGCCGGUCGCGCCUGCAGCAGAUCACCCAGUGGUGCACGCCGGGCUUCGAUGGCGCCAUUAUCUUCGAUGAGUGUCACAAGGCCAAGAACCUGGUGCCGGAGUCAGGCGGCAACGCCACGCGCACAGGCGAGGCAGUCAUGGAGCUGCAGGUACGAUGGGGCAUGUACGUGUGUCGCACGCUGAGCUUCGACGGGGCGGAGUUCGAGGUGGUGCACGUGCCACUGGAGCCCAGCAUGCAGGAGAUGUAUUCCAAGGCGGCGCAGCUAUGGGCGGAGCUGAGGGCGGACAUGAUAGCGGCGUCGCUGGCGCUGUCCCCCGCACAGAGCGCCUCUGCCUCCGACUCCUCCAAGCGCUCCUCCGCCAACGCUGUCUGGCGCACCUUCUGGGCCGCGCACCAGCGUUUCUUCCGCCAUCUGUGCAUCAGCGCCAAGGUGCCAGCAGCGGUGCGCAUGACACAGCAGGCCAUAGCGGAGGGCAAGUGCGUGGUCAUCGGCCUGCAGAGCACCGGCGAGGCCCGCACCGACGAGGCUGUUGCUAAGCUGGGCACGGAGAUGGAUGACUUUGUGAGUGGCCCCAGGGAGAUCCUGCUCAAGCUCGUGGAGGAGACGUACCCGCUGCCCCCGCCACCAGCGCUGCCCAAAGAGGGCGACGAUCUCAAAAAGGAGAAGGAGAGGGAGGAGAGGGGCGUAAGCCGGGGCGUGUCCGUGUCGCAGCGGGGGAGGGUGCGGCGAGCUGUCAAGUACGAGAGCGAUGAGAGCGAGGAGGAUGGGGACGAGGACUUUGAUGCGGCAUCGGAGACAUCGUCGGACGACAGUGACUUUCACGGGGACAUCUGCCAGAUCUGCCACGACGAGGAGCUGUCUGGGUCGCUGGUGGCAUGUGCUGUGUGCUCACGUGUUGGCCACGUGGCAUGCUUUGAGAGGCACACCGGCAGAAGCGGUGGUUACCACCCCUGGUUGGCUGACGCCCCCCGAGGCCACGUCAGCACCAGUGAGAUCCGCAUGGAGAGAGAGACUUACCUCACUGAGAUGGAAGCCAGGUACAACACGGCAGUGGCUCGCAAGGCCGAGAUCAUGGAAGCCAUAAAGAAGCUUCCUCUGCCCAACAACCCUUUGGAUGAGCUCAUAGACAAGCUGGGCGGGCCAGAGGCAGUGGCGGAGAUGACAGGGCGGAGGGGCAUGCUGGUGCGCACGAGCACGGGGGGAGGCAAGGGCACUGUCAGCUACCAGGCCAGGAACUCCAAGGACGUGGCAGCGGAGAUGGUGAACAUGAGGGAGAAGGCGCUGUUUAUGGCGGGGGACAAGCUCAUCGCCAUCAUCUCCGAGGCCGCCAGCGCUGGCAUCUCCCUGCAGGCCGACCGCCGUGCCAAGAACCAGCGGCGGCGGGUGCACAUAACGGUGGAGCUGCCAUGGAGUGCCGACCGGGCCAUCCAGCAGUUUGGCCGCUCCCACCGCUCCAACCAGGCCAGCGCGCCUCAGUACAGGUUGCUAUUCACGGAGCUGGGGGGUGAGAAGCGGUUUGCCUCGGUGGUGGCCAAGCGUCUGGAGUCACUGGGAGCCCUCACACAGGGGGACCGUAGGGCGGGUCCGUCUCUCUCAGCUUUCAAUUAUGAGGGAAUCUGGGGCAAGCGAGCCCUCUCCACCAUGUACCGAUGCAUCAUGGAUAACAUGCCCGCCCCCGCACCUCCCCCUGGCUGCCCGGAAAAGUUUGACGAUGCCUGGGUGAAGUUCUACCAGGCUGCCCGGGCUGCCCUGAUUAUUGUUGGCAUCGUCAGAGACCCGACUUUCAACACAUCAGCAGCAGCGGGGGGCAUGUAUGCGGUGGGGGGGAAGAUUCCCGAGUCAGACAUGACGGACGUUGCUCGCUUCCUGAACCGCAUGCUGGGACUGCAACCCGCACAGCAGAACAGGUUGUUUGAGUUCUUUGCGGCCAUAUUCGCCCACCUGGUGGCAACAGCGCGCAAGGAGGGCGAGCUGGACAUGGGUAUCAUCAGCGUGCGGGCACCCAGAAUCACAGUUACACAGCCGUCGCAGGUGGUGUGUGAGGAUGAGGUAUCAGGCGGCAAGACCUUCCAUGUCGUGCUCACUAUUGACAAGGGACUCAACUGGGAGUCUGCCAGACAACUAUACAACGAUGCAUCGGCGAAGGUGGGGCAACAGGGCAGGGCGGAGGGGGGCGGGGAGGAGGAUGGGGAGGGCGGUGAAGUGGAGGAGGAGGGGAAGGGGAAGGAGUCACGAGGAAAGAAGAGGAAACAGGGGGAGGCGGAGGGGGGAAGUGGUGAUGGAGUGGAUGGUGGUCACGUGAAGAACGAGGAGGGUAUAAUGGAGGAGGGGAAAGAUGGGAAAGAGGAUGGGAAGGAGGAGGGCAAGGAGAAGGAGGGAAAGGAUGGGAAAGAUGGGAAUGAGAAGGAGGGGAAGGAGGUGAAGGAGGAGCGGAAGGAGGUGACCGAGGCGAGGGAGGCGAGGCAGUGGAGGGAGCGAGCGGCACGGGUGAACGGGUUCUAUGUGUCACAGAGGGAGUGGCUGGGCCGCAAGCACUACCUGCUCGCCCUGCUCUGUCCGCCAACACCGGGCCAGAAACCAGCGGUGCAGAUUUUCCGACCGCGCACAUCCGCUGCUAACAGGCCCACCCCGCUGGUGGACUUUCUGGACAAGUAUUCCAAGGUGCCGCCCGCCAGGCUGUCGUCGCUGCAGGCCAUCUGGGACGCGGAGUACGAGCAGAGCGCCACGCAGUGCAUGCACGGCCCCAAGUGCCGUGCAGGGGCGAGCUGCAAGGUGGGGCUGCGGCUGCAGCAGAUGCACCUGCUGCAUGGGGCCGUGUUCCCUGUCUUUGGCGUCAUUGACCAGGCACUCAUGGCACAGUCAUCCGCACAGCACAAGAGGGUGCAUGUGGCACAUGUAGAGGCCAGUGAUGGAAACAAGUAUGUGGGCGUGCACCUGCCUGCGCCUGCUGUCAUGCCCAUUCUAGAUGGGAUAAAGAAGCUCAAGGAAAGCAAGGAGGGCAAUCGGGACCAACCUAUUGACCUCUCCUGA